AUGGACCAGCUCCUAGAUUUGGAAGCAUUAAAGCAAUUGACCCCUGAAAAGCAGCAACAAGUCAUUCAAGCAGUCAAACAACAAGCAGCUAUUGCGAACGCACAGAACCUCAUCACGGAUUUGUCAGAUAAAUGCACUCAGAAGUGCAUCACGGCGCCCGGAAGCUCUCUUUCAAACUCUGACAAGCAGUGCUUGCAACGAUGUAUGGACCGCUUCAUGGACUCUUGGAAUCUCGUAUCUCAAACUCUUCAGAAACGUCUUCAAGACGAAUUAGCGUCGAGCGGUGCUUUCCACGGUAGUCCUUCUUUCUCUUAA